UGUGUGUGGUAAAAGCCAACAUAUUUCAUUAUGGAGCUUAUGAGACAAUAAGAAAGCCACGUCUGUUUAUGUAGACACUUAGACAUUACAAUGUAUGUAUUUUAGCACUGCGGAAGUAAUAUGUGAGAUUUUUAAUUACUAAUUCAUUAAUAAUAAUAAUUCAAAAUAUAAAAAUCGAAAGAUGCAAAUGGGUGCGACUAAAAGGCUCAUGUAGCAUCCCGGGAUUGGAGCAUCCUCUCGUUGUUCUUGACCACACACUCUUCGUCAAAUCGUCUAACUGAUUGUCUUUCGUAAUUUUCCUUUAGACUAUGCCAGUGGUGGAACCCCCAAAACCAAGUCUGUUCAUUGUGUUUGUUACAUUUUUUACAAAAGACGUGUGAAAUUAUUGGUUAAUGCGUUCGCAGGCUUGAAAGUAGUCUUUGUGCUAUUCAUUAACAGGUGCAUUCUUAGUCACUGAGUCUACUGAUAUAGUUGCUUUUGUUAAAGUGGUAGUGGGCCUUCUUGAAUGUUCUUUUGAGGAACCUAUAGAAACUUUAAAGUCUCUGAUGAGUACAAAACUGCAGGUCGUGGUACUCAAACAAACGAUAUAUUUUGUACAUUUAUCAUGGAAAAGGGCAUUAACAUUAGAAGGGGAUGCUUUCUUGAUAAAUUACGUACUCUAUUGCACUCAUUUUUUUUCACAGUAUAUCAUACAUUUUAACAUACAUCUUGUACAUUCAGUCAGCUGUUUCGUUUUCUAUGCAAUGCAUAUGGUAAGUAUAUCGAAUUAAUUUCUAAUAUAUUUUGAUUCGAUAACAAAAACAGACGCAUUCACCGCUCGAACACAUUUUGCUGUGCUGAUGCCUGGCUUGCUAUUGGUGCUUGUUUACACGAUGCCCACAGGAGGCGCUGAUUGGUUGCAUUUCUCACGUGACCGACCAACUUUGUACAUUUGACAGAGGAGUAGGUGGGUUUUGGAGAGAUCAGAAAAACGACAGCACGAUAAAAAUUAGAAUUGUUGCACUUUCCAAAUUAAUGAUCAUGAGUUCCUACUUGAUCAAUUCAAAUUACAUCGAACCUUCUUUCCCACCAUGCGAGGAAUAUCAGCAGAAUGGAUACAUGCCCGUGUCCUCUGAUUAUUAUGAGCGGCCGAAAGACGCGGGCUUCCCCCAUCACGAGGAGGCAUCAUACCCGCGAUCAAACUACCAAGAGCCGAGCUAUGAUUACGGUAAUGUGUCAACCAACGGCCUCAACGAUUUCACCGACCGUCAUCACGCGCAACCUCAAUCCGUUCCGCAGAAUCAUGGACCCCGCCUCACCACAGAGAGCUGUGCUGGCUCAACCGCGAACAAGGAUUGUAGCCUCGUGUCAGAGGCUCUCCCAGACGUACAGAAGGGUAAAGAGCCGGUGGUGUAUCCCUGGAUGAAAAAAGUCCAUAUGAAUACUGUGACCGCCAGCUACUCUGGAGGAGUGCCCAAGAGGUCUCGCACCGCCUACACGCGCCAGCAGGCUCUUGAGCUUGAGAAAGAGUUCCACUUUAACCGAUAUCUUACUCGACGUCGACGAGUGGAGAUAGCGCACACUAUGUGUCUUUCUGAGCGUCAGGUGAAAAUCUGGUUUCAGAACCGCCGCAUGAAAUGGAAGAAAGACCACAAGCUGCCAAAUACAAAGAUCCGCUCCUCGAGCUCUGCGCCCUCCAACCUUCACGUGAAAACGGACGCCACUCAGCAGCAGCAAACGCUGCUUCCUACGCCUUGUUCCUCGAACCUAUAGUGCUAGAAGCAAAUCGGCACAAACGGAACUGAACAAGAAAGAAGAACAUAUAGCAGUAUUAGGAUCGGAACUUCACAGGGUUACUUUUUAUUCAGUGUCCGAUGAGGCAACUUAACCUCGCUUUCCCAACCUCUUCCUCCCCUCUAAUUUGAGCUGGAAAACACAUCCUUCCUGUAAAAAUAGUUUCUCUCUCUCUUAAAGGAACAAUAGUAGAAUGUACUUUAACUUGGACAGUGGAUCGUUACGUUUUCUGUCUUUAACCGAGACAUUACCGAGUCUUGUUUGUGAAGAUCUGCGCUAGUUACGCGUGUACAAAAUUGACAUUUUAACUUGAAGGCACAAGUAUAGGAACAAUCUUCCUGGAGUAGUUAUCUUAUUUGUCUUAGUCUCAUAUUUUAGAGUAUUGUUAAGUGUAUUUACGUCAUCAAAGCUGUGAAUAUUCGUGUAUUUGGUUAUUUGUAUAUUGGUGAAUGAUGUCAGGUUGUUUUAGUAAGCCUGUAUGCAAGUAAUUGUAGGCUUCCCGUGAAAAUAAUAAAAUAUUGUGUAUUAUCUA